AUGAGCACCUUAGCGGCGGUCGGCUGGACCCUGGCCGGUGGACGACGCAGCGUGCGUUGCUCAAUAGGCGGCGCCGACGAGCGCAAGGAACUCUUCGGCCGCGUCGCACCUGUGUCCAUCGGCCAUGGUAUCAUGGACGUAUUCAGCCUGGGACAGCACCGGACGUGGAAGCGCAUGUGCGUCUCCUGGUCCAUGGCCAAGCGAGGGGACCGCGUUCUCGACCUCUGCUGCGGCACCGGCGACCUGGCGCUGCUGGCGUCGGAAAAGGUCGGCUUGGAUGGACAGGUGGUGGCUGUGGACUUCUCCAGGGAGCAGCUGCAGGCCGCGGCCAGCCGCGCAGAACGGCAAUGGAAGCCUUGCUACAGCAACAUCAGAUGGAUGGAGGGUGAUGCACUCGCUCUGCCAUUUGCUGACUGCUCUUUCAACGCUGUGACCAUGGGCUAUGGACUGCGGAAUGUGGUCGACAAAUCCAAAGCCAUGUCAGAGAUAUUCAGGGUCUUAAAAUCCGGAUCAAGGGCAUCGAUUCUAGAUAUCGACAAUGACAGGAUUAUUUUCACUGUACAGUGUUGGAUAAUCGAUAAUGUUCUCACCAAUUUAGCUCCUCUGUAUGGACUAGCUGAGGAGUACAAGUACCUGAAAGGCUCCAUCUCACAGUAUCUAACAGGUUCACUAUACGAUCAAACUGGUAUACAAGUAACUAUUCAAGAAGGGAGGGAUGUGAGAGACGACACUGACUUCCUCGACAAAGUUUCACAUGGUAACAACUACUACCUCAACCAUGACCGUUUCUCCAAGCUCGAUCAAGCCAACCUGAACUAUGGCUACCACAAUGACAACUACCACGGCGACUCUGACAUGAUCGAGGACCUUCAAGCACCCUGGGAUCCUGGCGAGCUCUUCAUGACGGCGGCUUGGGGGCAAGCCGCAUUUCAAGAAGGGAGGAAUGUUAGGAGCCCUUCUAUCACCAUGUACCUGGGCUGGCCCCUUGGACCAGCAAACAGGCCUGGCCCGUUCGGGAACUACCGAGACGAUAAGAACGAGAGACAAGGCGACGGGAGAGGCAUCCAGUGGAUCACGACUCGAACCGGCGGCGGCUACCUCCUUCCCUUCCCCCUCCGCUUCCCCUACCUCUACUUCAUCUGUACAACUGUCGAGGAUUCAGUUAUGAAGUUGUCGUGUGUUGUCUGCUCUAAAUGUGUGACCUACCUUGUCAUGUGCGUUGGCUCCAAAUGUUAUACCUGCCUCUACAUGGACAUGGUUGAGGUUGAUCUUAACCAUGGUUGA